AUGUAUUUGGCAGAGUUAGCAUACCAGUCCUCGCCAACGGAUGAAACACUGAAGCGAUGGGACGAGGUGGUCACGGCUGCCGCUGACUACAUGGCGUCAUACGCAUGGUUGAACGAGACAUCAGGUCACUACGACCUGGGACCACCCUCGUACGGCGUGACAGAAAACACUCCUCCCGCAGAGACUCUCAAUUUGGCCUACGAGAUCGCAUACUGGAGAUACGGUCUCGACACAGCUCGAGAAUGGAAGAAAAGACUCGGCCAAAAUGUUCCGGAUAAAUGGACCACUGUCGCAGAGAAGCUUGCCCCUCCGCCUCAGAUCGACGGGCUCUACGCCGUCUACGAAGGCCUCAACAGCUCUUGGUGGGAUGAUCCCGCUCUCAACGGCGACCCACGCAGCCUCAUCAUGAUGGAAGGCGUGCUGCCGGACACGCCUGCUGUGGAUCCCGACGUGGCUCUGAGAACGGCAGAUAAGGUAUGGGAAGUGUGGACAGACCAGAAGAUUCGAGGAUGGGGACGGCCUGUGUUGGCGAUUAACUCUGCACGGAUCGGCAACCCGGAACGUGCUAUUUAUCACUUGACGGCGUACAGCUAUUGGACUUUUGACGAUGCUGGGUUCGCUGUCCGCGGAGGAGAUGUCGCAUAUAUGGUUGCUGGAUGGCAGGGUUCCGAAGGCGAUGCGCCCGGCUUCCCCAAAGACGGCGGGUGGAUUGUGAAGCAUGAAGGGCUUCAGAAGGCACCUUGA